CGUUCGACGUGUGCAGAUCAGAGCAAAGUUCAAAUCGCAGGCGAACUCACAAUUUUUGUAUUGUUUUAAUAACUUGUGAAGUUUUUGGCUGUAUUGUAGUUUGAUUAACGCCAAAAUUAAAAUAAAACAAAAAAGAAAAAUAGAGACAAUCUUUUUGCCCGGUUUAAUAAGCAAAGGCAAACAAAAUAAGAACAAUAAGCUAGGCUAGUCAGCCGCUUAAAUUAUAUAAACAAUAAAAGAGCGUACAACAAAAGUAUUUAAUGGAUUUUAAGUGUCAGUGACUCGAUUAUAACCACAAGAAAAUAUAGACAAAAUUAAGAAAAAAGAGCAACAAAAAGCUAAAUAUAAACAUAUACACACACGCGCGCUGCUGUAUAAUCAGUCAAUAACAACUGGUGAUAAUAAAAGAACUUACAACAACAACAACAGCAACAACAACAUCAUCUGAGCAGAGAACCAGAAUUUAAAUUAAACAAAGGAGCAGCAGGGCCAAAAAAACAAAAAAAAAACAAAUAUUCGUGUUGAUAUCAUUCGAGUAUUUUUGUUUAAUUACACGGCAUACAAAUGGCAGCCUACCUGGAUCCCACCGGCCAAUAUUAAUAUCAAUAAUUAGCAACAAUUUCUCAGCUGCUUAAAGAGUUACACUAAAUAGCCGAACCAUGGCCGCCUACCUGGAUCCCACUGGCCAAUACUGAGCUCCAGCUAAAGAUUAAACGUUUCCAAAAGAAUUUAAGUACCACAAACAAAAAAAAGCAUAAAAAAUGUCGCUGGCUUUGGAUCCCACUGGCACCUACUAGCAUUGCAAGCUUUGGUCACACUUUUCACCAACAGCAGCAGCAACAGCAAAGACAACAACAGCAGCAGCAACAUGCUCGAUCUGGAUCCAACGGGCACCUAUCGGCGGCCGCGUGAGUCGCGUGACACGCGCCACAAGCAGCGGCAGCUGGCGCUGGAUCCCACCGGGCAGUACUAGGCGCCGCCACGCCCACACAUCCAUACACCGCCUUUGCCUUAUCCAAAAAAAAAACAAAAAAAAAACAAACAACUACAAAAAACUAUCCAAAAUUCU